UUGGCAGCCACUCAUCUCCCAUGCAAAAUUCCCAUUGAUACGAAUAUUACCCCGACCCCGUUUAAUUCUUAUUAUCUUUUCGAUCUCCCCCGGCAUUGCACAUUUUUAUGGCCGCACAGGUGGUACUCUUUUCGUCGUUUCGUGUUUUAGUGCCUCACAAAAACGCAUUAUCCUCGCUUUCCUCAUGACAAGAUGGAUAUGGAUUUAAUUUCUUUUUCAAUUUUUUAGUUUCGCAUAGUCUUUUCCCAAGAAUUUGUUGCACAGAAGCUCCCUGAAAGAAUGUUUUUGUAGUUCGUGUACAGAGCAUGAGCAUCAGCACCCAGCAGUUAUAUACAGGUAGAAACAAGAGCGCGGCAUUCUUUAUUUCAUCUUCCUUCUAUACAGUGUAAGUUCAUUUUCAAAGAAAAUUAUUGCAAAUCUUGAGCUUGGUGAAGAUUGAACCGCCUUCGUGCAAGCAAGAUGGAGUCUUUCGUCUUGGCCACGUUCCCGCAACGCUUGGAACGGUUAUUGAUUGCUUGCAUUUUUUUCUGGUGCGGCGUGUUGUGUCUGGAACGUUCUGUUACACUCGUAACUGCGACAGCACCGCGCGUCAUGGAGGAGCCGUUGCCUGUGCACUACCAUGGCAGAUCUCUCGCGUCGACGACAGCGCCUACCUGUCCUCAGCUACAUACUGGCUCGAGCUGGGGGCCGAUAAGGAUAGGGUAAGAUAACGAUAUAGUUGACGUUGAAACAAUGACAAUUGAAGCAGUUUUUGUUUUUUGUUUCAUGAAGCACGUAGCUUUGCUUCAUGCCUUUUGCUUUUUAUGUCUUUUCCUGAUGCAUCUUCAGGUACGAAAUCGUCUCCUACGGCCGCGGCAACGCUCCCGCAAGCUGGACCAACCACCUGGAGACCACGCUUAUGAAAAACUCGCUCGCGUUCUGGUCGCGCGCGCUGAAGACCCGUCGGUACUCGCAAAGCACCCCUUUGGACCGCGAUAGCGCUUUCCGCGCCUGCGGGUACGAGACCAGCACGUUGGAUGCGAGUUCGACGCCGAGGAACUUCCUCGUCGACAACAUCGAUUUGUACCUCUUCAUCGACAUUGACGACGAGUAUCUCUGUACGGGGAACACGCUCGCCGCGGCCGCCUCCUGCUACGUCGACCAGUGCGGGCGGCCGAUCGCCGGGUCGGUCACUCUGUGCACGAACAGCGGCUACGGCGACUUGAACGUCGAGCGAAACUUGCACUUCAAUUAUGCCAACGUCGUGCACGAGAUCGGGCACGUGCUGUUUUUUUUCGAGUUGCUUUGGCCAAACUUCGUGAACGACGACGGCACGCUGAAGCUGCAAGACCGAAGCUACUAUGCGUUCGACUGCUACGGAAGGUGGAACCUACCCUACAACACGGGGAGACGAUGGUACUUUAUAUGGGGUACUUUAUAUGGAAUCCGGCGCUUCAACAUCAUUGUUCUCUUCUACUAGACGUACUAAGUAGCUAGCAAGGUGCAAACUUCGAAAAUAGGACUGGAUGAAAGUCGGUCUUUUUCGCUCAGAAGGUGGAAAAUUUUUUUGUUAACGACGCUUUGUGGUAACCACAGCUGAAACAUGAAGAUUUUUGUCAAGUACUUCACGCAGGUACCCCGGCCUGCAUGAGGACGGUUCCGCGGGCCAAGUUCUCGGUAUUGUUGAGCACGGGAAUUUCAAGCUAAACCAGUGCACGUGCCCCUACGGCUCCAAGGCAUUGCAGCAACAGUACAACGGGGCGAAUUUCCAGAACUGCCUGACCGACCACCCGCACUGCCAGUACGAGAUCCGCACCCCGAAGGUGGUGGAGAAAGCGAGGGAAUAUUUCAACUGCCCCUCUCUCACCGGCAUGCCACUGGAGAACACGCCAACCAGUCGCUGCUCUGCCUACGGGAACCACUGGGAGCAGCGGAUACACAGCAACGAGAUGUUUGCGGCAACCGGGAAUCCGGACGACGCGACGUUCGUUUCCACGAUUUCCCUGGCCUUCGCGGAAGACACGGGGUGGUACCAGGCGGACUACAGUCGCGCGACCAUCGCGAUUGAAAACCUGCACUGGGGCUACAAACGCGGUUGCGCUUUCGUGACCGACGAGUGCGUGUCAGAUUCCGCUGUAGCGGUGGAUCGGAACUUCUAUUGCACGGUGCCCACCGACACGGGCUGCGCUCCGCAUAGACGGGGGCGCCAGCUCGGCUUUUGCGCCUUGGAGGACAGCGGCACGGGGCAAACGCUGCCGACCGAGUUUCAAUACUGGGCGAACAACGCGCAGAAAGGCGGGAGCUUUGGCAUGCUGGACCACUGCCCGCGUCGGUACGCGUACUCAGCGAAUACCGGGGACUGUGCGUUGACCAACGCGUAUCUGCAGAAUCUGAUGUUCAACGCCGGGACUUCGGACAGCAAGUGCUUCAACACUCUCUAUCGUGAGAAAAAAGUGUUACAGUUACACACUCAGAUGCAAGACCAGCAAGACAGACAACCUCUGUCAUGCAGGAAAUGCUUCCCAGCCCCAUUUCAUAGGUGUUUUCCCUUAGAGUCUGCGCAUCACAAGUUUUCUUUGCUAUGCGGACCAACUUUGUGAUGCUGUAAUUGCAUCAAAUGUGUAACUGUAACACUUUUUUCCUGUGAUACUCUCGGCACCAUCACCAGUACGCAAGUGUCGCUGUUCGCGAACAACCGGAUCGCCGCGUCUUGCUACCGCGUGGUCUGCGGCACGGACUACUACGACGUGUACGGCCGAUACGAAAGUGGCAGUCGGCAGGAAGUGCGGAUCGCGCGGUGUGACGCGAACAAGAACUUCGUUCCCAAUACAAACGACCUGUCUGCCAACAUCGCGAACACGCAGCUGGUCGAGUGCAACUCCUUUUCCGAGGUGUGCAACCGCGUGAAGUCCGCACACCUGUACGGCGGGCUGCACGAGAACGAACUUGCGCUCUCGCAGGUGGAAAAGGAAACGCGUUUCCCGGUCGCGGCCUUCUACGGGCGGUCCACGGAGAUUUGCCUGCAGCGACAAAGUUCCGCCGCAAAUUGCCCGACCUAUUGCCAUAUCAAGUGGAAAUAUGUCUGGGUCUGGAAGAUUCCAACUUGUCAUGCUAAAUCUCAAUCAUGCAAAGCUCUGUGUUGCAUAAGUCCCAAAAGCUGUCCACUUUCGACCAAGUUGGGAGGAAGCUUCUCAUGCAGGAUGGGCAUGGCAGAGACCGCACAGAGUCUGUCAUGGUAGGCCCCGCAUUCCAGACCUCAUGGGUCAUGGAAAACAUCCAUGACAAGUUUACGCCCUUCCAGACUCAGACAUAUUUGCAUUUGAUAUGCCAGCACUUCUUUCCGAACUACUGCGCGACAAACAGCGGGAUGUGUGUGAGUUCGACGUGCAAGCAGUGCAUGGACUCGCACAACUGCAGCACCGCGGACUGCCGACAGCAAAAGUGUAAAGACUACUGCGUCAUCUGCAGUUCGGUGGUGCAGGAUAAGGCUUGCGAAACCGUUUACACCUGGGGCUACACCCCGGCCUACUGUCCAGCCUCGUGCAACAAGUACUACGCGCGCUUCUGCUCGACCAACGCCGGCCCGGGUAUGUGCGUGGACCCGGGGUGCUACGAAUGCGACACGAACUGCGUUUCGCAAUUCCAGGCCAACCCGUACUUCGACAUCCAUAUGCAUUUUGCAAAACUAUCGUACUAGUAUAUAUCGCAAUUAUUUUUCCAAAAAGAAGAAUGGAAUCAAUUGGUCAUGCAGAUUCAGGUAAAGCUAAAGAACUCGAUUAGAUUACGAUAUGUCAUGCAAGACCAGUAUUUGUAAGAGAAGAGUGCCAGUGCGAUACUUUUGCACUGGAUAACUCAGACCUGCUGGGCCAGCUGCGAAACCUGUCCCGCCGGGUCGUUUUGCGGCAACACGCCGGUUUCCACGACGCCUCACUUUGACCCGAACUACGACCCCUCGGCGACGACCACGGCCAAACCGCCGGCGUUGCCGUGUCUGACCUGCAGCACCACAGCGGCACCCACGCUGUCAGGAGGCCAGACCACAACCACCGUGACGACCACGCAGUACGACCCGGCGAAUGUACCGACGGCCUGCAGAACCAGAUACGCGAUCGACGCCGUCCCGUACCCCUCGUGCCCCGAGUCCUGCGGCGCCCACUACGCGGACUUCUGUCAGCCGCUGCAAGGACCGGGGAUGUGCGUGCCGCCGGAAUGCAAGCUCUGCGACCAGAAGUGCGCGGUCGACGCGGUGCAGCUCGGCUGGACGAACGCGCAGUACCAGUCCUGCUACAUGGCCUGCGGUUUAUGUCCCAAGUGGCAGGACUACUGCUCGCCCGUCGCGCUGGCGGGUACCACCAUCGUGACCAAGGCGGACAUAGAGGCGCAGAUGAACCUGGCCGAGAGCAUCAAGAACAACACCCGGAUCACCACCACGCUGUCCUCAACUUCCAGCACCACCACGCCGAAACCCUGGGGCGGGUGCGCGACGGUGUCGAGCGCCAACCCGACCGCGGCCAACGUCGCCGCCGGGGGCGGCACCAACACCGCGGACCUGCAGUGUCCGUCGGUCUCGGGCUCGUUGAUCAUCAGUAUGCAGAACGACGUGUCGACGGUGAGCAGCGCGCUGACCACCCAGAUCGGCCCGAGUAUCGCGACGGCCCUGGCGGCGACGUUGAACGUGUCUCCGCUGCAAAUCACCGUGCUGAUCGUGCGGUUUGUGCAAACUGGCGCGGCGACGUCGAAAAUGCUCCGGGACGACGAGAUCGUCGAUUCGGUGGAGCCAGCGUUAGAAUCCUCCAGCGUCUUUCCCGGCCAGCACCAAAUCGCGGGCAUCGCCGAUCCAACCGAGGGCCAUCGAAUGUUAAGGUGGACUGGUAGUACCACGCGGGCUCUGAAGCAGCAAGAAAUGUUCUCCGUUGUCUUCAAAGGGAUGCGAAACGCCCAGAAGCUCCCUGUCGAUCGCGAGAAGAACAGGAAAAGUCGGAAGCGGUACCCGGCUCCGGACCGGUUGGACAUAAGGAAGACGAAGCCGGAGCCGCGACCGAAAGCACUGGCAGAAUCGAUGUCCCCUGCUGUGCUAACAGGGGUCGUAGGCUCACAGCAACAUUACACGGUGAGAAAUCUGGAAGAGAUUGAGACCCAAGUUAGCAAUGAUGCCGUACUAGAUAAGGAUGACUACACUCAGCAUGGUGUAAGAACAACCGAAAGGGAAAUAUCCGUAAAGCCUGCAGGAGAUGAUUAUGGUGCACGAAAUGUUGGACAGUCACACACUGCAUCAAGAACCGGAAAAGCAGAACGAAUAUCACACCAAGAGCAACAAGGCAGCCCGUCGAUAAAAUCAAGUAUACGAAACCUGCAGACGCAGAACCAGAGACAGCUGGAAGCUAUUUACGAGGUGCGCGCACAGAGUACUUCCGACGCAUCGGCGCUGGCGUCCACUUUGCAGACGCUUCCCAGCACCGGGUUGACAGCCUUGCAGCAGAACUUGCAAACGCAGCUGGUUUCCGAUUUAGGGACGGACUUUGCGGUCGCCACGGUGUCGGAGGGAAGCAUCACGCCGAUGACUUACACCCCUCCCACAUCGAGUGGGUCGUCAGAUUCCGGCACUGGAUCCUCUUCGGGAAGCAAUAUUCUACCGGGAAACGCGGGCCCUUCUCUCGGAAACGGCGAGUCGGGUGUGACGCUAGCGAUAGAUGCAUCAGGAGCGACCGGGGGGAGGAGACGUGCAGAAGAGUUCUCGACGGCUUUCCUCCUGUCUCUCAGUAGUGUGGUCAUGAUGGUUCAUUUACUUGCUCCGUGGAGGACGGUAUGGACAUGAAUGCAUUUUAGGUGACGGAUGGAGGUCGGCACAGUGACAGUCGGAGUGCAGAAGUACGAUACGACAUUGUCAUUUAUUCGAGGGCCACUCAUUUCGACUUCUUUGUAGCUGCCCUUGGAUAAACCUGGUGCUACUCAAGAACAUUGCUUUCUUCAUCGAGCAUUUUCUGUUCGUCUCCGUUGGGCUAGCGCACGCGUAAUUGGAAUAGACACUGAAAUCGAAUGAAUAUCUUCUCCCCUGGAAUAAAAUGCAAAAUUCACUCAGUUGCCGCAAAGGCGACGGGUGUCAGAGUCCGUAAGUACUACUUAAGUAU